AUGAGUAAACAUCCUCGAGUGCAAGCAAAAAUUAAAGCUGAAUUGGGUGAAAAUAAAGACAACCAUUUAUCCAUUGAACAGCUUGAUUCUCUUGUUUACUUGGAUUCUGUUCUUGACGAAGUUUUUCGAUUUGUUCCACCUACUAAUGGUGCUGCACGUACAUUAACUAGCGACGAUCAACUUCCAGAAAGUAGAAUUCAACUACAUAGAGGUGAUCAAGUAUUUAUUCCGUUCUAUAAUUUGACUCGGGAUAAACGAUAUUGGAAAAUCGAUCCUGAAUUAUUCUAUCCGGAACGAUUUGAGGGCGAAGACAAAUCACAUGACCCGUACGCAUUGAUUCCGUUUGGAGGUGGUCAUCGACAAUGUAUCGGACAAGAUCUGGCUCGAUUGGAGUUGAAAGCGAUUGCAGCCAGACUCAUGCAACAAGUGACAUUUGGUGACGGUGGAUCCGAAGUUAAUGCUGGUGGGCACAAGCAACGAUUUACAAUCGUACCCAAACAUAUUGGGGUCACUAUUAAAUUUGACUGA